AUGGGGAAUAAAAGCAAAAAGCGGCAAAACCACUUCGACCUGGGUGAAGCGGCCGAUGAUUACCGCAACGGGAGUGAUUUUACAAGCCAGAGCAACGCCUACGGGGAGCGAGACAGAGGUCGAAAUAGGGAUCUAACUUCUGCCAUCCGUAAUGACGGAGAAGAUGACGAAAUUUCUGAAGGCCAGGAAUCACCCGAUGUGACUGACCUCGAAAUUGAUCAGUAUCUUGCUGUUGUCGAAGAUCUUAGAAUGAAGCUGGACGCUAGCCAGAUGGCUACUGAAACUGCACUUGUUUUCUAUGGCAAACAUCAAGCUGAAAUUCAAAAGGUAGACACCACUCGGGAACAACUUAAGCAGAUGACCGAGAAGUGCAGCGAUUACAGGAUUGUAAUCAACAAUCUUCAACAGUUUGAAGGAGAGAAGGAACGAGAGUUAGCCAGAAAAAAAGCAGCUAUUGAUGAGGACAGAAGAAAACUUGAUUCCUUGAAAGAACAAGCGACCAAAUACAUGCAGAAAUUAGAAGAAGAGAAGCGCGAGUUUGAGAAUACGAAGAUAACAAAAGAAGCAAAACAAGUCUUGAAGCUACAAGAGAAGAAGGCGGAACUUGAAAGAGAGCAUAACAAACGGUAUGACGAGCGAGUGGCAGAUCUUGAAAAGGCAAUAAAGAAGAGCCAAGAUGACGACAAGAAGAAGAUAACGGAUCUGCAAAGUAGGAAUGACGAGCUUGUGAAGGAUGUUGAGGAGCAGAGACGUAGAUUGAAAGAUGCCGAGAAAAGGUGCAAGGAUGUAGAGAAGUUGAGGAGUCUAUCAGAAACAGAGGUCGAAGACUUGAGCCAAAAGUUGAAGAUGGCGUUGAACGAGUUUGGGCUAUGCGCCAGCACGAGUGAAUAUUUCAAGAGCGAAUUUCUCAAAAUGCAGAGCGACGUUCAGAGUCUCUCUUACCGAUACGUGAAAGAAAUCAAAAUUGAUGAUCUUGAUGCUGCGAUACACGACAAGAUCGAGAAAGUAGAUGAAGAUUUUGCAUCGGUUCCUAUUUCUAAUACUGUGGUUUCUCAAGAGCUGUGUUUUGCGCACUUCCAACGAGUUAUCUCCUCUCAGCUUCGGGCUAUCUUCUGGCAACCAUUCUCAUCUGAGAUGACAGUGCAAGACUCACAACAGACUUUGCUACUCAACCAAAUCUAUGAUAGCCUGGCCAAAAGUUCUCAUGAAGGCAAAAGCGGGUUCCGCGCUGCAAGAACUUUCGCAGUUCUCGCUCUACGCAGUCUCCACUCCCAAUCAACGUCAACUAAACGCGCGGAGCUAUUCACGGAGAAUACAAUGAAAAUCCUGUCACUCCUAGUCUCUCCCAAGAUACAUCCAGUCCUUCGAAAAGACCUCACUCAUCUGGCUACAUCCGCCAUCUCCUUGUGGAAUACUGUUCAAAUGGAUGAGCGUGAAAUACAAGUGCAUCCUAGUCUUGACCCAGCAAGCUUUCAGGAGCCGGAGGACAAGGACAUUGCCAGUACCGACAGCAGGGUCUUUGUUUUGUUUCCACGUGUCACUGCACGAAAGUGUGCACAAACAGACAAUGCGCACUCCGUCGGUCUUCCAGGCGGUUGGCUAGAUUCGGAGCCAGAGGUGCAGUUGGAAGAAAUCUGUUUUCAUGAGGGGAACGGAGUACCAGAGUGGGGACAACUUGUGCGAGCAGGAGAGGACGAGGAAGAAAACAGGAGGAAAGAGAAGAAGAGAAGAGAGUUGGAAGAGGAAAUGGAGAAAUUAAACAAGAGGGGAAGCAUAUAUGGUCGGAGGAACUCGGUGGUAGUUGGCAAGUCAGCCACUUCAAAUCCAACUGCGGCGUGGCUCGGUGCACAGAAGAUACCGGAAAGGGAGUGA